AUGUUGAAAAUUAUCGAUUUCCAUCAGAAUAUUUCAAAAUAGAAAUAGUGUGAGCUUUGUGAUCGAGAUUUUAGAUCGCAUAAGCUGUGAUGAAUUAUUCGCUUGCAAUCGCAUCCUCGGAUAUUCUUCAAACGAGUCGUAUCAAAUAAUAUCAAUCAGUGGUACAAUAAUCCACGAAAGUUUAGAGUUCAGAGAAAAGAGUCUUUUAACGAACUGGAAAGUGUGUUUCUUACAACCGGGUAUUUGCAGCACAUUGCUAAUAUAUCAUGUAUAAUAAAAUAUAUACUUUGCGCUCAUAUGUUCGUAUAUGUAUAUAGUAUCUCGCGGCUCAGUCUGCGCGCCCUCCUGCAGUGCAUCAUAUGUGAUCAUAGAAAGAGCUUUAUAUAUAGAUGUGUAUAAAUAUAUAACAAACAACGAUCCACAUGACCAAUUUUCAUAAGCACUUGUUGGGAUAGCUCUUCCAUCGUGAUAUCUAAAAUACUUUGAUUGUUAACAUCAUACAAACAAAUUUCGAGCUUUUAAAUCAGCAAGAGAGUAUGAGUAAACAAUAAUAACAAUCUGCAAUCAUAACUCGUUUUCCAAAGUAUGCUCGACACAACAGAAUGGUUAGACCAUGGGUAGGAUGGCUUUGUAUACUUGUAUUUAUUGCAAUGUUAUUUUACUUAUACUUAUCCAUAAAUGCUCCUAUAAUAAGAAAUCCUUAUGCAUUAUCGACAAAUAUGCUUUCUUCCAAAUCUAAAGAAUCACAGAAAUUCAUUCAUUCUCAAGAAAAUCUUUUCAAUUUACAUCGUUCCAAUAGAGAUAUUAAAGUACGAGAUUGUAGUACCAUUCAUGUAGCUUUAGUGUGUGCUGGUUAUAAUUCAACUAUUAGUUUUAUAACAACUGUCAAAUCUAUUUUAUUUUAUCGUACAAAGCCUCUUCAUUUUCAUUUAUUAGUCGAUGAUAUUUCUUUGAGAUCUUUGAAUGUUGUGUUCAACACUUGGAAUCUACCACAUGUUACAAUAUCUUACUAUAAAACUGAAUCAUGGGUAUCAAAAGUUUCCUGGAUCCCCAACAAACAUUAUUCUGGAGUUUAUGGAUUAUUGAAAUUAAUUUUACCUGAUUCAAUCAAUGAAGAAAAAGUAAUAGUUUUAGAUACAGAUGUAACUGUACUCAAUGACAUAUCGAUUCUAUGGAAAUUUUUUGAACAAUUCAACAAUAAUCAAGUUUUGGGUUUAAUUGAAAAUCAGAGCAAUUGGUACACAAGAACAUCAAAAUCUGUCUUCAGUUCUCAGCCUUGGCCUGCUGUGGGUAAAGGUUUUAAUACUGGUGUAAUGUUAAUGAAUUUGCAAAAAUUACGUGCAAUGAAGUUCAAUGAAUUAUGGAAAAAUACAGCAUCUACUGUGCUGCAAUACAUUCCUAAAACAAGUUUGGCAGACCAAGAUAUAAUUAAUGCUGUUAUAAAAAAUAAUCCAAAUUUAGUAUUUGCCAUUGAUUGUACAUGGAAUGUACAACUAAGCGAUAAUGCCUUAAGUGAAACAUGCUAUACCAACACUGAUCAAAUUAAUAUUGUUCAUUGGAACUCUCCAAGAAAACAAAAUGUUAAAAACAAGCAUGCUCAGGAUUUCAGAAAAAUGCAUCAAAUAAUUUUAGAACUUGAUGGAAAUUUACUCAGAAGAAAACUAUUUGGAUGUCCUUCAAAUGAAGAUAUAAUUCAAAGUGAUGAAGACGAUCCAUGUUCCAAAUUUAGAGAAGGAGCCAACAUUAUUUAUCGUACACAUCCUUUUUAUUUUGAAUUUGAAUACAACAUCAUCAGUAAUGCUGAUGUAGUUUUAGCUGCGCAAUGUAGUACUGAUAGAAUGGCACUAUUAGAAGAUUUAUCUAAACAUUGGGAUGGACCAAUAAGUGUUGCACUUUAUUUGAGUGAUGCUGAUGUACAAACUUUUAUAGAUUUUGUACAAAAUUCGGCUGAGCUUAGAAAUCGAAAAAAUAUAGCUUAUCAUAUUGUUUAUAAAGAAGGGGAAUUUUAUCCAGUUAAUUAUUUGAGGAAUGUUGCCAUGAAAUAUAUGACUCAACCAUUCAUAUUUCAAUUAGAUAUUGACUUUUUACCUCAAAUGAAUUUGCAUAAAAUUCUAAUGGAUCAUCUUAUUCAGUACAAUUUAACUGGUAAUGAAAAUAUUGCAUUUGUUGUACCUGCAUUUGAAACACAACGAUACAGGUUUACGUUUCCUAUGUCAAAAGCAGAUCUUUUAAAGUAUUUAGAACUUAGAAUAUUAUAUACUUUCCGUUAUCAUGUGUGGUAUCAAGGACAUGCUGCAACCAAUUACAGCUUGUAUCAAAAUGCAACUGAGCCUUAUGAAGUAUCUUGGGAACCAGAUUUUGAACCUUUUGUAGUUGUUCCAAAAUCUGCACCAGCAUAUGAUGUGCGUUUUUUAGGAUUUGGCUGGAACAAAGUGUCAUAUAUAACACAUUUAACAGCUAUAGGAUAUAGAUACGUGGUUUUGCCAGACACCUUUAUAAUUCAUCGACCGCACGCCCCCAGUCGAGAUAUAGGAAAAUUUAGAACGGAUGCUACUUACAGAAGAUGUUUAAAACAACUAAAAGACAUGUUUGUAAGAGAUUUAAUAGAUCAAUACGGGGACAAAGCUAUCAAAAAUCUAAAGAUUGUUAAUGCCAAAGAAAACAAGAGUGUUUCAGUUUAACUAAAUAUAAUUUAGUCAAACGCCGUUUUAUUCUAUGAGACUACUUUAUCUGAGUUAAUAAUUUUAUGAUAAAAGGUGCCUUUAUAAUUAUACUAAAUAAAAAGACUGUAUUUCUCUAAUCAAUUCGAGUAAUAUCAAUUAAUGUUAUUGUUAUGUAAGCGUUAUUCGCAAAAACAGAAAUAAAUAUUUAAUUGUUACAUGAGCUACAUUUGUUAUUGUUCUGUAAUUAGUUUAAAGCGUCGCUGUAUUACUUUGAACAAAAAGUUUUACCUCUAAGAUGACUGUUUUUGGAAUACGUUAUUUAUACAAAUUAAA